AUUUCAAGUUCCGUUUCGUAUUUCGUUGGGGCGGUGACAAGAAGUUAGAGCGACGUGUCUAAUUAAAGUAGACGCCCACCGUAGUGCACAAACCACCUGAUCGGCGCCCCCAACCUCCUCCCUUUACCCUCUCUUGAAUCAAAAAUUCGAAACCAUAAACCUUUUUCACAGGUCACAUUUCAUAAAAAAAAAACACAAUGUCAUGGCUGGCUCGUUCCUUCGCAAACUCUCUCCGACUCGAUGGCGACGUAGACGACGAAAACGACAUCGUACUGGAUCCACCUACCACCUCAUCGAGAGACCCCGCGCAACAGCAACACGAGGCACGAGAAAAUGCAUUCGGAUCAGAAGCUGAAGAAGACGAAGAAACGCAAGAUCGUGCUGGAGUCAAAGAGGACCUCGACGAAAUCAAGCAAACCCUAACUCGUCAAUUUUGGGGAAUGGCCUCCUUCCUCGCUCCACCGCCAUCUGAUUCUCAUUCUCAUUCUCAAUCCGAUCCCUCUUCGUUCGUUUCCGAUCAAUCCAAUCAUCGCGCUGUUUCUCCGAACGAAGAACUGCAAUUGGAUGAGGCUGCGAUUUCCAAUCACUCUAAUUCGGUUUCGGUGGGAUCCGAUUCGGAAGGGGAUUUUGGUCUCGAGCAACGCGCGGUUGGAAUUACCGAAGAGGUGCUGGUCUUCGCGAUGAACAUUGCUAUGCAUCCCGAGACGUGGUUGGAUUUUCCUAUUGAUGAGGAAGAUGACACCGACGAUUUUGACAUGUCUGAUGCACAACAAGAGCAUGCUGCGGUUGUUGAAAGAUUGACUCCUAGAUUAGCUGCGCUCAGAAUUGAACUGUGCCCUUGUCAUAUGAGUGAAAGUUACUUCUGGAAAGUGUAUUUUGUUCUUUUGCAUUCAAGGCUCAAUAAGGAAGACGCAGGGAUUUUGUCUACACCCCAGGUCAUGGCAGCAAGAGCAAUGUGGAUGCAGGAAUUGCAUAAACAAACAAAGCCUGAAUUUGAAAUUUUUGGAAGAAGUGCUUCCUACUCAAGAGACAAGGCACAGCACGAUGAUUUUACUCCCAACUUAUUGGAUGAUGCUUAUUCUGAUGACACGCCUAAUCAGACAUAUGGAUAUAGAACAACCUCUUUGUCCAUGAUGUCAGAUUGUGAGACUGAUAAGCACAUGGUUGAAAGUUCUGGAAUGCAUUUCACCGAUAAGUCUGUUAUUGAGGAAAAUUCAAUUAUUAAAACUGAAAACAAGGAUCUAAAAUGUGGUCGACCCUCUCAAAUUAUUAUUCAGGAUUAUGAUGAUGAUGAUGAAUGGCCAGAGGAAGAUUCUGAUAUAGGGGGAUAUGGUGGAACAACUCAUCCCAUGGUGAAUGAAGAUGACAUAUCUUUCAGUGAUCUUGAGGAUGAUGAUUAUGGCAUUAAACCCGUUAGUUCCAGUACAGGUUCAAAGGUGAUAUGAAACUUCAAACAGACACGAUUGUCGUAAUUUUAGGAUCAGUAGAUCCUCACUCAGCACCAAGAACAAUGAAGAGAUUGCCUGAUGUUGGGAAUAACAAAAGUGCUGGUGUCUGGAGCAUUCUUUUGUAUAUAAUGAAUGGCGAAUGAAGUUGCUAAAAUGCUGUGAUGCUACGUGAAGGUGUAAAAAGAACUUGUUAAUCCUUUUUUUCCCUACAUCUGUUAUGGGACUAUGGGUUCUAAGGUGGAUGUUGUAUUUUGAAACAACUCAAAUGAAAAGGAAAGAGUGGAGCUAAGACUGUGAUUUAAUGCUUAAUCCCUGUUUUUCAGAGAUCCAAAAUGAGAAUAUGGGAUGAAAUAUGUGCUUCAAUCCGAGGGACAGCUCUGUUUCAGAAGGUACAUCAUAUAGCCAUAUAGGUGCAAGAAGUGUAUAUAAAACCUCUUGUUUGUCGUCAAAAAUCGAUACUGAAUUUUCUCAUGUAUUUUUGGCGGUUGUAGUAGGGUUUGGGAUGCUCUCUCUGUUUCUUUCUUUAUUUGGGUGUCGUCCUGCUGAUUGCCUUGCUGUCAACUGUGUUUGAAAACUAUAGAGUCAUUAAAGUGAAAAUUCUAAUUAAAAAAAAUUAUUUUCUUAAA